AUGAGUUUACAAAUACCUUAACAAUAGUUUAACUCUCUUUCAUCAAAAGCGCUUAAUUCUAUUUCAAAUAACAAUGAUAAUCUAAGCUCGACUGAAAGGUUGAAUACUAGUAGUAAUUAGAACCAAUAGAAGCAACAAGCUCUUCUCUUUACUCCAAAUAGCUAAAAUACUUAAAAAUCUAUGACUCCAUAGCCUCAUUUGUAGCAAUAAUUCCAGUAAGUAGGACUAGUUUCUCCAAAUAUUUACACUAAUAGCUCUUCAUUAUAGAAUAAUAAUGCAAAUAUAAAUACUUCAAAUAUGAGGUUUUAGAAAAACUUAAAUAGUUUGGCAUUUAACAAUCACAAUGACAUAAAGAAUUAAUAAACUUAGCUAAUAGUACAUCAUUAAAAUAACAGCAGCAAUAAUAGUGAGUCACUAUGUUCAGAUCUGAGAAGCUUUUUUCAGGACAACAUUAGUGGAAUAAAUAGUUAAUUUACAGGAACUCUUUCUGUAAAUAAAAACAAUAAUAACAAUUAUUCUAGCAUAAUUCAAGGAAGCAAAAAUGGUAGUAUGAAUAGUAAUUAGCAUCGCAUUUAAGUAAUGACUCCUUCUACUAAUGAUGAUAAAUCGAUACUUUCUUAAAAUAAUCACUUCAUAAGCACUAACCCUAAAUAAGUAGAUUUAAGCUCUUCUUCUUAAUCCCAUCAUAAUUAGCACUUGCUUCAUUCUCAAGUUCAUAGCAAAAAUGUCUCUCAAACAACACAAAUGUCUGUAUUUAACAACAGCGGCGAAAUAUCAUAAUUCAACUACUCUUCUCUAGGAAAUAACUAAAACUUUCAAUCAUAGAAUUAAAUGAGCAACAUAAGUUCUGUAAUUAAUAACAUAAACUUUGAAAAUGAUACUCUUUCAUCAUCAUAAUAGUAAAAUACUUCCAUAUCAAAUAUUAGCAAUACAUUAUAAGAAGCUAAAUGCAGAUUCCAUCCUUAUAAAAAGGUGAAGUAUUAAAUGAGCUAAAAUGAAAAUGAGAAAUUCUGCACUGCUUGCGCGUUAGAAUACGCAAAAUAAGGAUUGGAUGUAGAACCUAUUAUUAAGACUUAAUAAAAAGAGAUUAACUUAUACAUGAAUGAAAUGCUUAAUGUCAAAAAUAUUAAUGACAUGCUUAUGAAUUCUUUGGACUCCAAGCAAGAAUUUAUAAAAGAGCACAGUCGAAAACAGUCUCAAAUAGUCCAAGAUUUAUUUCUACAAAUUGAAAAAUUGAUCUAUGAACAAAAAACACAGCUACUGAGUUAAAUAAAUAACAAAAUGUGGGAGCAAAUAAAUUUAAUUGAACUGAAGAAAAACGACUCUAGGCUUUUCGAAUAAAAGCUACUUCUCAAGCAAUAAGAUAUUGAAAAAAACUAUCAAUAAAUCACUACUGCUAUGGGCGUUUCUGAAGUGAGAGAAAUUCUCUUUUUCUACAAUUCAGAACUGGACCAAAUAAAAACUAGCAUAAGCGACAUGUUUAAAAACACUUCUUUUGAUUUAAUUAAUCUUAACUAAAAUUAAAUAGCCUAGCAAAUUUAGAUUCUCUAAAAAUUUCUCCAAGAGGAAGUUUUCAAGCCCACAAUAACUCAAUCAACUCUUUAAGAAAGCAUUAAUUUAUUGUCUAACAAAAGCAAUUCUCCAUCAAAAAAUGAUAAAAAUUAAUUGUCUCGUUUCAUGAGUAACUAAGAUAAAAAGGGAUCUGGUAAAAAGCAGUAAUAUCAAUAACAAUAAAUAUAAAAUAAAACACUAGCUUAACAGCUUUAAAAUUAUCACAUUGAACAAUCUUAAUUACAACCUAAUGUAUAGAAAGUAAUUGAAUUAAAUUGUGCUAUGAAUAAAUAAAAUACAUAAUCAUAAAAUUUGUAAAAAUAAAAUUAUCAAUAAAAUGAAUAAAUGAACUUUAAUCAAUAAAAAGAACAGUAAUAAAUGUUUGCAACACAGUUAUAAUAAAAGCAACUCUAAUAACAAUAAUAGUAGUAAUAGUAAUACAAUGAAAUAGUAGAUACUUCUAUCAGCGAAAAACAACACACGUAAGAAAGCGAUGACUUAUCAUCUGCAUAAGGAAUAUACUUGAAUAUUUAGAACCAAAGCAAAAUUUCUAAUAAAAGUAACAUAAGCUCUCAUAAAAUAAUAAAUUAUUCAGACAUACAUGAUGAAUAAAACUUGAAUAUUUUAAAGGAUUCCUCUUCUCCUUCAACCUCAGCCAAAUAAAUCGUUAGAGAUUCAAAGGCUACUCCAGUAACUCAAGAAAAGAAACCAUUCUUCCCUUUCUAAUGCUUAAGUCCUCAGCAAACUUCAAAGGGAGAAGGAACUUUAAGAUAAUAAUACUCUAUUAGCAAAGAUAAUUAGCUCAAUUAAAGACAGAAACAGUUUAUUCAAACAGAACCAACUCACCUACCUUCUAAUAAAACUAAAUAAGGAAUCUCUAAGCCAGGCAAUUAUUAGAGAAAUUUGUUAAUGAAUGAUGAAAUAGCUACUUCAAACAACAGAUUUAAGUUUAAUUAAAAUCCCACCAAUAACUUCAGUCUCCUCACUCAUUUCAAUAAGUAAACAAACUCGAAUAUUUAAAAUUUAGUUGCAGUUCCUCAAAUUAACAAUAAACAAUAAGAGUAAGCCUAAAAUUUUACCAAUUAAUCUAAACUAAAUGCAAUUAACAACAUCCGCUAGCUCCAAAUAAAUUUAGUUGACUAGGAUAGUAAUUAAAAAUCACUGACCUCAAGACCUAUAAUUAUGAAUCAAAUCAACAAUAACCAGUAAUUUGCAAAUAGCUAAAAUCAGUAACCAAAUUUUGUGGCUUAAUUGAUUUAGUAAAAGCAAUAAUAGAAUACUUUAAAGAAUACACCAAAUUAUUAAUAAUUACAAAACAAUGAUUAUAACAGCAUGUCUUCAUUAAAAAAUUGA